AUGGUCUCCGACUUUGUGCGACUACAUGUAACGCCCUUGACUCCCGAUCUGCUCCAGGUUGUCGUCGGCCCGCACCUACUCAAGUCGGUUGCCAAUUUGUCCUAUCACACAAUCCAGACAUUUCCUGAGAACAAUUACGGCUACUUUGACCUCCCUACCAUGGAAGCUGACAGACUGAAAAAGAAGCUCAACGGAGCCAUAUUGAAAGGCAGGAAGAUUAGAGUUGAAGAGGCUCGGCCAAAGAAGCGCAGACGAGUCGAAGAGUUGAGCAAAGACGACGAACCCAGCGCGGAACUUAAGCAGACGAAGCCAAAGAAAUCUAAGGAGCGCAAUGUCAUUCAAGGCUAUGAACUCCCCGCGGACCGCAAAGUGAAACGCGGCUGGACAGAAGCCAAAUCCACCAAGUCCAGCAAAAGGAACAAGGGCAAAGCUGCCUCAUCUAGCUCAAAAUAUACCGAUAAAGAUGAGACCCUCUUUCGAACGAAGGUACCUCCCAAUAAACUCGACGGCACAGAAGCAGCCAAGAAGGAGAAGGGCAAAUCGAAGAAGAAAGACACCCAACAAGUGGUGCACGAGUUUGAGAAGUCCACAAUCCAACCUUCUUUCCUCAAACAAGAUAUUGGGCUAGGCAUCAAGGGAAAUCUACAGUAUGUUGAGGGCGAGGGUUGGGUCGACGGACAAGGGCAGUUGGUUGAAAGGGAACAUGAGCGCGUUUCCAAGCACGGCGAGACAAGCAAACGACGAGCUCAUGCGGAUGGCACAGCUGGCAAGCGGCGGCGUGGAUCUUCCCAGCCUCCGUCAUCCCCAUCCUCAUCCUCUUCUGAAGACACUGAUGAAGGCGAGGUGGAUUCUAGCUCUCCAGAAGUCGAGCAAAAUGAGGACACGAGCAGUUCGGGUUCUUCACCCGACUCGGGUUACGAGGAAGAGACGGCCACGAGCGCCUCAGCCCAUGACACUUCAGAGGCAGAUACACAAUCAGAGAUACAUCCAUUGGAGGCUCUCUUUAAGAAGCCGAAAGCGCCUAUUUCACAGGAUAUUGCAAAGCCAUCAUUGGAGAUUUCGACAUCGUUCUCUUUCUUCAACUCGGGAGAUCCCGAAGACCUCGCAGAAGAGCCGGUCAUCCCAUUGACACCCUUCAGCUCGCAGGACCACCGUUACCGUGGAUUACGGAGCGCCGCCCCCACGCCUGACACUGCACAUCCUAGCCGCUUCAACAGCUAUGGCAGCUCUGGACUACCAGGAGAUGAGGAACCUCAAGGCGACGGAGAAGAUGGAGCUGAUGAAGCUGGAUUGGAAGCCAAAUCUGGGUCGCAGGAGAAGCCCAAGGAGCAUACAUCCCAACCCCAAAGUGAUUUUGAGAAGAAGUUCUGGGAGAAUCGAGCGGAAAACAAUCGGUCUUGGAAGCUGCGACGCAGGACUGUGCUCAAGGAGAAGAGGCAGCGGGAGAACAAGGCGCGGAGACCCAGGAAUUGGUGA